AUGGCGACCAAGACGACGCGCUUCUUGACGCAGUUUUCGCGCGCUGUGUUCGAGCAGUGGACGAAGACACCCGCGCGCGAGCAGUUCUGGCAGCAUGAGCCGCUCCUGUGCUCGAUGCUGGAGGAAGCGGUCGCCAAACUGCCCCGUGGGAAGCUCAAGCUGCAGCUCUCGCGCGACCUCUCGUCGCUGGCGACGCAGCUGGCCGCGCUUUUCCACGAGCUGUACGUGGACUACACUGCGACUCACGCACAAGCGAAGGAGCCGUCAGUAGGUCAAGGGAAGUUGGCGUCCAGUGCGCUACUGAAUGAGGAGCGCACGGAGUUGGCGCUCACACAGGCAGCCGUCGCCCCUUUCGCUGCAGAGCAUCGUCGACUGUUUGGCGUGUUGGCUUUAGACGCAGGCGUGGACGUGGCGCAGCGUGGGAUGGACGUGCAGGAACAAGAUGCAGAGCAGCUGGUACAGCUGUUUACGCUCAUGGCAGCGCGCAGCUACGAGGCGCCGCUGGAGCAGCAGCACAAGCGCGGACUCGUGCUAAGACGUCUAGCAGUCUGUGCAGAAACGCUGGUGCGUCAAUUGUGCUCAAGAUUGAGCAACUGGAGCUGUGGUACAGGGGACGCUGCUAAACAAGUACAGCAUCUGCGUGCGUUGCUGGAACGCAUUGUGGCUCAAGAUGUAGUGGCGCUGGCUCGAGCGCCUCACGGAGAAAGUCACGGGAGCUUGAACGCGCCGUGGACGAUGUUUUACCGUCCAGAAGAGAGCAGAGAGCUGAAGAAGGUGUUGUAUGACAAGGAGAUGGCAAAGAUCUAUGGCAUCCUGCUCGCGCUUGCUGUCUACUUUCCCAUUGAGAACAAUGAGGAGGAAACAUCGGACGAGUCGUCCUUUUCGGGCGACGAGGACGAAGAAGCGACAGAGAAAACAGAGAGGUCGAUCAGUGCACUGGCGCAGGCCAGGCGCACGACUCGGCAGGUACUGUUCGCUGCUCAGAUGCGGGAGCGCGGGCCGUGCCAAAAUGGUCGAUGGCUGGUGUCCGUGUUAUCCUUUCUGCAAAGUGUUCACAAGCCUACGACGUAUCUGGACGAAGAUGAGGAUGAGGCUCUUGACCCGCAGGAUUGGCGUGCCUUGCUCGACUGUGUUGGCACUGUCUACUCGCGUACAUUCGGCAGAGCGACGCUGUUCGAGCGAGCAAAGGAGAGCGCUACGGAAGAGAAGACUGCAGUACAGGAUCGUGCUUGGUUCGAGACGGUCGCAUGUCUUCGUCACGCGGCACAUUUCAUGCGUGUAGAGCGCAAGUCGACUUUGUCUGCCGUCACUACUGCUACGGCUCAGCUGGCCGGUGUACCGCUACCUACAAGUUUCGCGUCGUGGUUGGAUCACCAGCAGACUGCGAACCCGGAGUCUGUGCUGGAAAAGGCCACGCAACGGUUGUGGAAAGAGUGUAUUGACCAGAAACGGACAACAAGUAUUCUGCUGAGCUCCAGUGGCGUGUCGGACGAGGAAAUGCUUCUUGUUGAACGAAGUUACUUCGCAUACCUGGACCAACUCGCUGAAGGCAGGACAGACAAGAUCAGUGGUCAGACGGCGUCGCCGUCCACGGUCGCAGCUGCGGAUAUGUCGGCUGACGCUGCCAAUCUGUUCUACGUGGACAAUGCUGGCGGAGAUGUGCAAGAGAAGACGAGCAAAUCGAAGAAAAAGCGUGCCAACAAGAAGAAAAAGCGGGCAAACAAGUCUAGUGAAGCGUCACCGGCAAAGCGGAGCCGAGCACUUGGCAGUUGA